AUGACUGGAAUUCAGAUUUUAGGUUGUUUAUGGGACUUAAAUUCAAAAUUACGUAAACAUCUAAACAUUACCGGUAAUUUAGAAAAAGUUACAGAAGAUGCUGUACCAAAAGAUGAUAAAGAUGUUCCGCAUGAUGAACAUGCUGUACAAGACAAUACAAAAAAUGACGUAGAAGAUGGUAGAGAAAAUGCUGUGCAAGAUGAUGCAAAAGCAGUUGCACAAAAAGACAAUACUGAAGAAGAUGGUAUAGAAAAUGCUGUACAAGAUGAUGCAAAACAAGUUGCACAAGAAUGUACAAAAGAUGUUAUUGAACACGAUAAAUAUAUUGUAGUAGAAAAUACAGAUGAUGUUCUGGAAAAAUAUAAAGAUGAUAUUGUAGAAGAUGCAACAGAUGAUGGUACAGAAGAUGUUGCAGAAGAUGGUAAAGAUGUUGUAGAAGAAAGUACAGAACAUGCUGUACAAGACAAUACAAAAGAUGAUGCAGAAAAAGGUAUAGAAGAUGCUGCAGAAGAUGAUGCAAAAGAAGAUGAACAACUAGAAGAUACUCUUCAAAAAAAUACAAUCGAUAUUGUCGAAGAUGGUACAGAAAAUGUUGCAAAAGAUGGUACAAGAGAUGCUGUACAAGAUGAUGAAAAAGAAGAAAGUGCAGAACAUGCUGUACAAGACAAUACAGAAGAUGGUACAGAAGAUGCUGUACAAUGUGAUGCAAAAGAAGAAGAUGCCCUGGAAAAAGAUGAUAUUGUAGAACAUACAACAGAAGAUGAUACAGAAGAUGCUGUACAAUAUGAUGCCUAA